UCAUACUUAAGUUAGUCAUACUUAAGUCAAUGUCGUCUCAUUAAGAAUAAAAAGAAUUAUGCCUAUUAAAUAAAUAAUUACAUAUGAAUAUAAAAAUAUAUUGUAUAAACCAGUAUUAAUGGUUUGUAUGUAAGGUGAACCGGUCUUAGGAGUUUUUGUGUUUUGUUUUGUUAGUGUUCGUAAAAUUUUUAUCAUAAUUUUUUACGAAAAUAUUCAAUCGGAUUUUUCAAUAUUCAAUUAGUAACAAUGACUUCAACAUCAUUGUUUCUAUUGUUAUUGGUUGUAAUUGUUGGAUGCACUAGUGUUACAGCACAAAAUGAAUGCACUGCAGUCAGUGGCAAAUCUGGACAAUGCAUUUUAAUCCAAUACUGUCCUUCGUUGUAUGCAAUAUCACGAAAGCCGAAUUUAACAGCAAAUGAUCGUUCGAUUCUACUAAAUUCCCAGUGUGGAAGUGAAGGAACUGCACCAAAAGUAUGCUGUGAAGAUGUAGUACGUCCAAUAGUUUCACAGACUGUGACCGCGGGUGGUGGGUGCACUACACCCAAUAAUAUCAAUGGUAGAUGUAUUGAACUAAAAACAUGCGAUCCAUUAUAUCAGGUUCUAACAAAACGACCAUUAACCACUGAAAAUCGAGAAUUAUUACGGAAAUCUCAAUGUGGUGUUAUUGGACGACAACCAUUGGUUUGUUGUCCGCCAACUGUUGCAACCACUACAACAACUGAACUACCUGUACCAAAUAUUGAAACUGGUAACGAUAUUGCACCAAGAUCAAAUUUGUUACCUCCUUAUAGCGAAUGUGGAUCAUCGCAAAACGAUGAUAAAAUCUUGGGUGGAGAACCAACAACAAUAACAGAAUUUCCUUGGAUGGCCAUGUUGCAGUAUGAACGUGAUAAUACAAUACGGUUUGGUUGUGGUGGAGCUGUGAUUAGUAAACGUUAUGUGCUAACUGCGGCACAUUGUGUUAAAGGUCUUGUUGUCUCAUCCCUUGGAAACUUGCGAAGUGUUCGAUUGGGAGAGUAUGAUGUAAAUAAUGUAACAGAUUGUCAAGUAACACAAGGGUGUAGUGAUCCUCCGCAGAUUAUUGAAAUUGAAGAAAUAAUUCCACAUACUGGUUGGAUAGAAAAGAAUCCAAGUAAACAUAACGAUAUUGCACUACUUCGAUUAAAACGUGAUGUUAAAUUCUCACCUUUCAUCAGACCGAUUUGUUUACCAAAUAAAGGUAGAGAAAUUCAAUUACCAGAUGAAACCUCUGUUCAACAAUCUUUGUUUGUUGCUGGUUGGGGACUUACAGAAAGAGGUGUUUCCAGCAAUGUUAAAUUGAAGUUAAAAAUUCCUCUAAAACCACUUUCACAAUGCCAAAAUGAAUACCGAAGAAUCUCACCAACCAAUAUUGAUCUUAAACAACGAACACAAUUUUGUGCUGGUGGUGAAGAUGCAAAGGACACUUGUAAAGGUGAUAGUGGUGGUCCAGCAAUGAGUUUAUAUAUAGAUCCAAACCAGGAUGCUCGAGUUGUAUGGUUUUGUACUGGUAUUGUAUCAUUUGGUCCAUUCCCGUGUGGACAACCUGGUAUACCUGGAGUAUAUACAAAAACAAAUGAAUUCAUUGAUUGGAUUUUAUCAAAAAUGAGACCAAAACUACAGUUUAAUAUUCCAGCAAUAACAAUGACUUCAAUAUCAGCUAUUUUAAUGUUGUUUAUUUUCGAUUUUUUUACUAUAACAAAACAAAAUGAAUGUGAAGCUCCAAAUGGAAGAAUUGGGAGGUGUAUAUUAAUCCAAUACUGCCCUACGCUAUACUCACUCUCAAUGACAAAACCAUUACCAAAAGAAGAUCGUAUUAGGUUAAAGAAUGCUCUUUGUGGGAGUGAAUUAACCUCUCCCAAAGUGUGUUGUGAGGAUUUAGAACUUCCGAUAUUUAAUGACAGAUUCCCUCGUCCUAUCCACAGGGACGGUACAUGUAAAACACAAAAUAAUAAAAAUGGUAUAUGUAUGGAACUUAGAUCAUGCAAAGCAUUGAAUCAAGUACUCAACUUAACAACUACUAGUCAAAAACAACCGUCUUUUGAAAGCCGUCAACUGUUACGAAAAUCUCAAUGCGGUGUAAUUGGAAUAGAGCCAUUAGUUUGCUGUCCACAAACUGCGACAGCUCUUACACCUCCUAUGUUACACGUACCAAAUAUUGACACUGGUAAUGAAAUUACGCCAAGAUCACCUUUAUUAACUUAUGAUUCGGAAUGUGGAUUUUCCGAGCACGAUGAUAAUAAAAUUUUGAGUGGAGAAAUAGCAUCCAUUCUGGAUUUCCCAUGGAUGGCAUUGUUGCAGUAUGAAGGUGCGGCAGAAUUUGGUUGCAGUGGGGCUUUAAUUAGUAAACGGUAUGUGCUAACUGCAGCACACUGUGUUAAGGAUACAAAGCUUGGAGAUUUGAAACAAAUUCGAUUGGGAGAACAUAAUGUGGCUAGUAUUACUGAUUGCCAAUUAGGUAUAGGGUGUAAUGAACCUCCACAAGAUAUUGAGGUUGAAGAAAUAAUACCACAUGCUGGUUGGUGGAAAGAUGAUUCAGAAGUUCAACAUAAUGAUAUUGCAUUAGUUAGAUUAAAACAAGAGGCCAAUUUCACAAAUUUCGUUAAACCGAUUUGCUUACCAAACAAAGGCAGAGAAAUACUUGGUGAAAACGAAGAAGGAAGAAACACCGUAUUCGUUGCUGGUUGGGGUUUGAUUGACACUGAGCAUGUCAGUAGCGUAAAAUUGAAAUUAGAAAUUCUUGUAAAACCACUUUCACAUUGUGAACAUUCAUACCAUCGAAUACUAGAUAAUCAAACGCAAUUUUGUGCGGGUGGUCAAGAAAAAAAAGACACAUGUAAAGGUGAUAGUGGUGGUCCAGCAAUGAGUUAUAUUUAUAUUUCUGAUGAAAAACAUGAUCAACCUAAAUGGUUUUGUACUGGUAUUGUAUCAUUUGGUCCAAUUCCGUGUGGACAACAUGGUGUACCUGGAGUGUAUACAAAAACAAAUGCAUAUAUUGAUUGGAUUUUAUCAAAUAUGCGACCUUAAUUAAAAGUUACAAAGACUUUCAAUUUUUUUAUUGCUAGACGGCAAAGUUCCUUUUUUGUAAAAUGCUGGAUCAAAUCAUUUUCCUAUUUGUUAUUCAAUUUCAUAAAUAAUAAUAAAAAGCAUAUAUAAUCAA